CUGGGCUCAAUACAGGAAAGCUGCAGGGGAAGCUACGGUUUGAUGCAUUACCCUCCUCAAGGGCUCUUGCUGAUGUUAUGCGACCUCAGGGUGCUUGUGCAACAGAUCACAUGGAAAGAGAUCUAAAUAUUGUAGUUCAUGUACAACACUAUGAAAACAUGGAGACAAGGGCACCUGCAAAUAACAUACAUGCAUCACAGAUGAAUAAUGUGGUACCAACUUCUCCUCUCCUCCCUCAGAUGUCACAUCCGCAUUCAUAUCCCAACAUGGGGCAGAUCACAAAUCCUUAUGAACAACAGCCCCCAGGCAAGGAGCUUAACAAGUAUGCUUCCCUAAAGGCAGUUGGAAGUUAUGAUGGUGACUUUGCUGCGAUGACACUUAAGUCACCAAAAGCUGAUAAGGUCAACGAUGACUUCUAUUCCAAACGUCGACACCUUGCAGAAUUGGCUGCCAAAGGGAGCUUGCCACUCCAUCCAGUGCGUAUGGAGGAAGACAGAACGUAUGCACCUGACAAUGGCACAACCAAACACAAUGGGCAGAAAUCCAAAAUUACAAAAAUUCACACACACCCCAUGGCAUACAACUACAAAACCUGGGACCCCAGUGACCAGUCCUUCCGACGGCAAGCAUAUGCAAACAAGGGGAAGCAUGGCCCAGGAGAACCUAUGUUAAGUAACACACUGACAACUCGGAGUCAGCAAUAUUUGCCCCCACAGCCGUACUUCAUAACUAACAGCAAGACAGAAGUGACUGUUUGAGAUUGCUCUUUCAUUCCUUAAAAAUAUAAAACAUCAGAAAGAGGCAAAAAAAAAAAAA